AUGAGCGCAGCGGCAGCAUCGGCAUCGUCGUCGGUAAAACCACCAUCGGCGGAACGGAAACAGUUCACCGAACUGCAACAAAAAUACAUCGACACCACGCAAAAGUUGAAGCAAUUGCACUCGCAGUUUCAACAAAAAUCCGUCGAGAAACAGCGAGCGUUACUGACCGCGAAAGAGUUAUCCGUUUCGACGAAUGAAGACGACGAAACGACUACGAAUUUGUACAAACCCAUCGGACGAGGGUUCGUGCUGAGAUCGAGAGAACAGAUCGAGAGAGAGCUCGCGCAAACGGUGAAAAAAGCGGAGAAGAUGAUGGACGAUUGUCAAAACCAGAGGACGUUUUUAGAGGGGAAAAUCGAGGAACUGGAGAGGAAUUUGCGAGAACUUUUGCACGGGAACGAGGGGUUACAAAGAGAGUUGCACGAAGCUGGAUUAUUAGGAGGAGGAGGAAUGAUGUGA